AUGUAUUUACGUUUUAUGUUACGGUCUUUACCGCAGCAACGAAUACCUAUAAGAACUAUAUCACAGGUUGCAGGGAACCCAAUAAAUAGAAUAGAGCCUGCUAGAUCUGUUAGGGGAACACACGAUCGUUUUGGUAUUGAAAAUGAAAAAUUUACUCAUAUACAGAAGAUCGGAACAUCGAUUGCAAAACUAUACUGUUUUGAACAGAUAUCCACGCCAAUAUUGGAAUUUUCGCAAGUAUUUGAAAGAACCUUAGGUAGUGAGUCAGAUAUUGUUGGAAAAGAGUUGUACAGUUUUAUCGAUCAUGAUGAUAAAUUGACAUUGAGACCUGAGGGAACAGCAGGUAUUGUUAGAGCAUUAAUUAGCAAUAACAUGGAUCGUGAUCUGCCCAAAAGGUUCUAUUACCAUGGGCCUAUGUUUCGGCGUGAACGACCUCAAAAAGGAAGGUUAAGGCAGUUUGAACAAUUUGGCAUUGAAAUGUUUGGUUAUGAAAAUCCAACCUCUGAUAUUGAAAUAAUUGAAAUGGCCUGGGCAUUUUUAAAUAAAAUAGAUACUGAUACAUCAUUUGAGCUAGAAAUUAAUUCAUUGGCCGAUGUGGAGUCCCGUGCUCAUUAUCGUGAAGUUGUAAAAGAUUACCUGAGCCAGAAUGCAUCACGUCUUUCCUCGGAUAGCGUGAAAAGAAUAUCAACGAACCCUUUACGUGUUCUAGAUUCAAAAAAUCCGGAAGAUAUACCAAUCAUUCAAAAUUGUCCAUCAAUCACAGAAUUUUAUAAUACAAUAUCCGCUGAAAGGUUUAAUGCUGUAUGUCAAGGACUUCAAAAAUUAGAAAUACCCUACAAAAUUAAUCCUCGACUAGUCAGAGGAUUGGAUUAUUAUGAAGAUACUGUAUUCGAAUUCAAAUGUACUGAUUCUAGACUCGGUGCUUCACAAGGAACUGUGCUUGCUGGGGGGAGAUAUGAUAACCUUGUUCAGUUGAUGGGUGGAAAAGAAAAAGUUCCAGGAAUAGGAUGGGCUGCAGGAUUAAACAGACUAGCCGCAAUAUUACGUGAUGAUAUUGUUGUACGGGAAAGGCCAAUUGCGGUUGUCAUCAUUCAAGAUCGAGAUAAGGUUAUUUUAUCUGCAGGAAAUUAUAGUACAAGUAACAAUAUGAUGUUUUAUUGUUAUGGCCUUAAAAUUUCUAAAGUGUUACGCUCACAUAAUAUUAAAACAAUUUUUUUUCACAUUCCUAAUGCAAAUCAUUCAUCACUGAAAACUAUAUUGGCAAACGUUGUAAAAACAAAUGCUUCACAUGCAAUAUUGGUAGGAGAGAAGGAAAUUAUGAAUGAUAAAGUGAUAUUAAAGGAUUUAGAUUUAAGGAUUCAAAAUGAAUAUAAAUUAGAAGAUAUCACAAAUUAG